CAGAUCACACAUGUUAAAAAGGGGUCUGCACCCACAUCCAUCCACUCAAUCGCUCCACCGCCACCGUCCCGGGACGCGGGAAAUCCUCGUUCGCAUCUUCACCCUCUCCUUGCACGUCCACGAGGCUGUCGACCGUAACAACCCCUACAGCCCAUACAGCCUCUAAAACAAGCCCACCUACAACCUUCCAUUCCCGUCCACCCAGCCUCGGGUAGACCGCCCCGGGUAGACCGCCUCGCGUUGACCGCCCCGCGUCGCGUCCGGGUCCAACUGAGUGAAAAAACCGAAACGCUCAGCCUUGUGGCCCUCCUCCGGUGCCGCGGCAACAACAGGAGGCGUCGACAAAUUCACCCCCAAAGCCGAAUCUAUUCCUUUCCUACUCUCACAUCACACUCUCUUCAUUUUGAACAACAACUGCAACCUGGAGUACACUUUUGUUAAACGGACUGCGUAAAUCUUGCUCGCUACUCGGAAAUCUAGAGUCACCUUCUCACACCGUCGCCCUCACCCCGUCGCGCCACCAUACCCAAACGAACCCAACACCACCACAACCUCCUCGCACCAUCGUGCCCUCGCCCGUCGUGUUUCGUCGUGAGUCGAUUCCCGGACUCGCCGUCUCACCCCAACGCCCCCCAAGCGAAAGACGAGCGCAGAUAUAAAAAUGGCCACCGCCGAGGUCCUUACCACCACCCACGCGAUGCACACUCCCUCCGUUGACCCCCCCACCCUCGCGCUCUACCCAGGAGGCGCCAUCGAUGCCACCUCGAGCGCCCACUACGGCGCCACCAGCGACCUGCCGCGUGCGCCACUUCUCAUCCCCAGCUUAGCCGCUGCUCUCCUCCCCCUCAUCGAGGCCGAAACACCCACCACCACCCCCACAACCUCCCUCACCUCCCUCCCCACCGAACUCCACCUCCUCAUCUUCUCCUCCCUCGACCCCAUCGACAGCACCUGUCUCGGCCUCACCUCGCGCCACUUCUACACCGCCUACCGGGCCACCCACCGUGUGCGCGUCCCCCUGAACCAGCGCCGUCGCGGCCCCAACACGCUCGAGAGCGCGUGGGAGGUGCUCGGCCCUGUCACGGCGUGCAGGUACUGCGGCAUCUAUCGCUGCGAGCUACACAUGCAUAUCCGCGAUUUCAUGCCAGGGAGGUACGAGUAUUGCGCUGUCAGGGGCGUGUUUGGGUUGAAGGCUAAGGAGGGGGUGGAGGAUAGGUGUUUUAGGAGUAAUCCCCCGAAACCGAUGAUGUGUGGGAGACAUUGGUUGCCGAAUAUUGAGGAGCCGGCGGUGGAGGCGAGUAAGCUUUGAGGGGGUGUAUGAAUGAUGAUGGAAGUGGCGUUUGUGAAGGGAUGGUUAUGAUGAUUAUGAAAGAGAUGGAUUUUAAGGGGAGGGGAGGUGUAAAGGAGUCCGCGGGUUAUUUGGGGGAGUUGUUCUGUGGAAGCAGUGGAGCCUUAUGAUUUGGGAGGCUAUCGGGGCAUUGGAGUUGCAUAUGGACGGCGUUGGAGACUCGAUGAUCAACCAGUCUUGGGGCUGAUGUAUGUAUGGGGUAUGUGUAUUUUAUAGCGCGUCAUGUGCAGAGCCACUCUUACGUUGUGGAGGCACCUAAUGGAUAAUUCGCUUUCAAAUCAGGUUCUGAUGAAGUUGACUCAUUGUUCUGCUUAUCAUGUCUAUAUUGUUUAGCAGGCCGGGCACAUCGCGCCCUUUUCAUCGAGCCCGGAUGCAGAAGUCGAUGCCGCGGCUCCUUUUGGCCUAUUCCAAUGCUCAACAAGGGCCACCCAGCGCCGCGGAUAGAGUCCAAACCGCGGAGUCGCGGGCUCCAACCCGCUUCACCACUAUACUGGGAUCCAUC